AUGCCUCGGAUUCGUUCAGAGAACCUGAUCAUGAUUUAUCGGAUGAGUGGUUGCAGUCUCAAUCCAGCAGAGCAUCCUCUCCAGAAGCUCCACAAAAAGUCGAAGCACGUUCGUCACCCAGAAGCUCUGGGGAGGAUGGCUGACAGGAGGAUCAGUGGGAGCCGAGUCAGUCCCUUCACAGGAGCUCCUGGACCUCAGAGGCUGCGGACAGAGGCUGCGAAGCUGGAUUCAUCUGAUCCAGACUUUCUGGAGCUGGAUUAA